CGGGUUUAGUUGUGUCUGUGGAGCUGAGCGUCUGACUAUAACACCUUCCUCCAGACCAGAGUGGCUAGUAAAGCCCAUCCGAUUGAAUGCAGAGGGGAUGUCUGGCAGUAAGGUGCUGGGGGGGGCGCGGCGGCGGCGGACACGGUGCCGGCGCUGUCAGGCGUGUAUGAGGACCGAGUGCGGCGAGUGCCACUUCUGCAAGGACAUGAAGAAGUUCGGUGGACCGGGCCGGAUGAAGCAGUCCUGUCUGCUCCGCCAGUGCACCGCGCCGGUGUUGCCGCACACAGCCGUGUGCUUCGCUUGCGGAGAAGCGGGGAAGGAGGACACGGUGGAGUCGGAGGAGGAGAAGUUCAGCCUCUCGCUCAUGGAGUGCACCAUCUGCAACGAGAUCAUCCACCCCAGCUGCCUGAAGAUGGGCAAGGCUGAAGGCAUUAUUAAUGAUGAGAUCCCAAACUGCUGGGAAUGUCCAAAGUGCCACAAGGAGGGAAAGACCAGCAAGAUCAAAGGAGCCCGUGAUAAACACCUGAAGAAGCAGAAAGCCAAACCCAACUCGUCGGACUCCUCUGAAGCGAACGGGCCAAACUCUUCGUCGGGCGGCGGACACGGCUCCAGCACAGCGCAGGCCUCGACGCCGAGCCAGGACCAGCGCUCACAUCACCGUGAGAAACUGGAGCGCUUCAAGCGCAUGUGCCAGCUCCUGGAGCGAGUGCGCGACUCCAGCUCCUCGUCCUCCUCCAGCUCCGAAACCGACUCAGAGUCGGACUCGGACUCUCCGUCCCCUGCGGGCGCCUCGGAGCCGUCCUCUCCGACGUACGGCAGUGGCGCGGCGCGAGAGCGGAGCCGGCGUCUGGCCGAGCUGGGCUUCAGCGCCAGCGAGGAGUCCGAGGGCGAGAGCGUGGCGGCGCAGGAGCAGGCGGACGAGACGCAGACGCAGACGCAGCGCCGCAGGGGAGAUGCCAGCACCCGGCUGCGGAGGACGCUCGCCGAGGCUGAGCCGGACGAUGACGAGGAAGGCUCGGGCGACCGCGCUCACAAAGCCCUGGCCCCGUCCUCUCCGCUCUCGGCUACGCAGCCGCCGAGCUACGGACACUUAGCGGGCCCCGAGGGCCUGUCCUCGUCCAAGCGCACUAACGGACAGGACGCGCGCAACGGCCGCACGCGGGUGAGCGGCAGAGAGCUGCAGGAGAAGGAGAACUCCAACAGCAGCACCGUCUCCAAUCACCGGCACGCCGCCGGGAAGGCCGUCCGCGGGAGCAGGAUUCGCGGAGCAGGCCGGCAGGGCCAGAGCACUCCCUGGAACAAGAGCACAGCGACGGCCGGAUCCGGCGCGCCCAACGGCGGCUCUCACCCGGGGAGCGUCCCGCUGGCGCCGCCGCGCUCGCAGCUGCUGAAGAGGAGCGCCGUGGCCGUGGCCGUGCCCUCGCCGCCGCGGCCGCUGCAGAUGGAGCGACACCUGGUGCGCCCGCCGCCGGCCUGCCCCGAGCCACACUGCCUGCCGCUGGACAGCGGAGCAUCGCAUGUGCUGCCCCGGGACGUCUGGCUCCGCGUCUUUCAGCACCUCAGCCAGCGCCAGCUGUGCGUCUGCAUGCGAGUGUGCCGCACCUGGAGCCGCUGGUGCUGUGAUAAGAGGUUAUGGACUCAGAUCGAUCUGAGCCGCCAGCGCUCCAUAACUCCUCCCAUGCUGAGCAGUAUAAUCCGUCGACAGCCUGUGUGUCUCAACCUGGGCUACACCAACAUCUCCAAGAAACAGCUCAUGUGGCUCAUUAACCGUCUGCAAGGGCUGCUGGAGCUGAAUGUGGCAGGCUGCUCGUGGUCCUCGGUCUCAGCGCUCUGUCAGUCUGUGUGUCCCUGUCUGCGGCUGCUGGACCUCAGCUGGGUGGAGGAUCUGAAGGACUCGCAUCUGAGGGAGCUGCUGGCCCCGCCGAGCAACGACACACGCUCAGCUCACGGAGAGAACCGUGGCGGGCGUUUCCAGAACGUGACGGAGCUGCGUCUGGCGGGCCUGGAGGUGACUGACGCCGUGUCACGCCUGCUAGUGCGCUAUCUUCCUCACCUGAGCAAGCUGGACCUCAGUCAGUGCUGCCACAUCACAGACCAGAGCAUCCACACGCUGACCUCUGCCCUAUCCCCACUGAGAGAGAGCCUCACGCACGUCAGCCUGGCAGGCUGCGUGAAGGUGACGGAGCAGUGUCUGCCGCUGCUGCGCCGCUGCGCCUCUCUGCAGAGCGUGGACCUGCGCUCCUGCGGCCUGCUCGCUCCAGACGUCUGCCAGCUCCACUGCUUCCCCUCGGCCGAAGACAGACUCCUGCUCAAGAACAGCUAGACUCCUGCCCCUGACACACCAGAGCACAGCACAUUCGGACAUCACAGACACUUUGCUGUUUUGGUUUUGUUUUUUAUUUCUGGAUCAACCAUCUGUGAAUGGAGAAAUCAA